AUAAAUAACAUAGUUGAAUAUAUAAACCAAGAAGAGAAAAAAAAAGUGAAUUGGACAGAGAACCUGAGAUAUGAAACACAGAAAAUAAAAUUCAAAGAAACAAUAAAUAAAAUGAGCAUAACAGAAAAUAACUUGUCAUAUGCAAGUAGAAGAAUAUUUAAUAAAGUCUUUGAAAAAGACAUAUCAUGCAAAAAAAAAAAAAAUAUAUGUCAAAAUAAUGUUGAAGAAAUAAAAGAUGAUGGAAAUUAUGUAACUGCAUCAUAUAAAACAAAUAAAGAAAUAAAAAAAGAAAAAUACGAAAACAUUUUAAUUAAUAAGAUUAAAAAUAAUGUGGAAUUUUUUUUAUCAAACUUUUCUGUUCCUUUGGAUAGUCCUCUUUAUAUAAAAGGAGAGAAAAUUAAAGACCAAGAAAAUGAUGAUAUGUUAUCGUUAUCUGAAAACGUGAUUACAAAAAGUGUAAAAGAUAUAAAAAAUAUCAACAUAUAUGAACAUAAUAAUAAUAAUAAUUAUGAUGAUGAUGAUCAAUAUAUAUCUUGUGAAAAAAAAAAUAUAAACAAUACAUAUAGUAAAAAACAAGUUAAUUAUCUUAAAAUAAAUUGUAACGUUAUAGAAAUAAAUAAUUGUGGAAAGGAAAUUUUUAAUAAAUAUAUUAUUUUACAAAAUUGUUCUUCAAGUAUAAUACUUUACAAAAUAAUAUUUAGAAAUAAAAUUUUAUUAAAUAAUAAUAAAAUAAAAUUAAACGAUGUUUUAUAUUAUGAUGUAAAUAAAAAUGUUACUCUUUUUAUAUAUCCUAAUUCUGGUUAUAUAAAACCAAAUGGAAGCAAACAAAAAAUAUUGUUAACAUUUAUAUUUAAAUAUUUUGUUAAUAGUUUUGGAUGUAUAACUAUAAAAUAUUAUUGUAAUAAUAAUAUAUUUAAAGAAUAUGUAUAUAUAUAUAUAAAUUCAUUUUUUACUAUUAAUCACACGGAUCAAAGAAAUGAUUUCGAAUAUAAUAUGAAAGACGAUAAAUUAAAAGAUCAAGACGUUUUAUAUAACCAUCUAAUGGAUACUUUACAAAGUGAUCCAAUGAAACAUAUUACAAAUAUAAAAAAAGAAAAAUUUUAUAUUUAUAAAAAAAAAAAAAAUAUAUAUGAAUCUAUAUAUGACAUAAUAAAUAAUAUAUAUAGAUUAAAAAUAAAAGAAAUUUGUAAUAUAUUAAAUUUUAUAAACUCUAGUUAUAAUAUAAAACUUAAUCAUACAAAUAUACAAACUUUUCUUGGAUUAUUAAGUAAAACUAAUAAUUCUACAUCAUUUAUAAAAUUAAAUUAUUAUAUAAAAAAAAUGUUAUGUCAAAAUAAAAUAAUUAAACUUAAUCUUCAUAAAUAUAAAUACAAAAAAAAAAAAUGUAAAUAUAAAAUAUAUAAAUAUAAAAUAUAUAAAUAUAAAAUAUGUAAAAGGAAAAAAAAGUAUAUGAACACUUAUAAAAUUUAUUAUCAAUAUAAAACACAUAACCUAAAAAUUGUUCCUUUUUAUAAAAAGAAAACAACACACUGUAAUAAUAUUAUACAAUUUAAUAAAUAUAAAAAAAUAGACAAUCAUAAUAUUUCUUUUUAUAAAAGACAUAGACAUAUUUUACUUUUGUUAAAUAAUAAAGAAAAUAAAAAUAUAGAAUCCUUUUUUAAUUAUAUGAAAUUUAAAUUUCUUUCAUCUCUUAAAAUGUAUACAAAUGAUGAACACAUACAAUUUUUCAUGUUCCACUUUUUUAUACAUGAAUAUUCUGACUUUAUAAAAAAAGGAAAUAUAAAUCAAUACAUUCUAUCUAAAAAAAAAAAAUAUAUAAUAAGAAACCAUGAUAAUUGUGAAAAACAAACAAAAAAAUAUAUAUAUAUAUCUAAUUAUAAUAUCACGCAUUAUAAAUAUAUAAAUAAUUUAUAUGAAAAAAUUUAUAACACAUUUAAUCAAAAGAAAGAAUAUUCUUUCCAUAUUUUUUUAUAUAUCAUACGAACCUAUGUAUGCCACCUAAUUUCAUACUAUAAAAGAAUGAACUGCUUUCCUCAUAUGUAUAAAAAUAAAAAUAAUACAACUAUUGUAGAAAAAGAACAAGAGAUAGAAAAAAAAAAAACAAUUCCAAUUUAUGAUAUGGAAAAACAUAUUUUACAUAAUAAUAGAUUAAAUAAAAAUAAUAAAGAAGAGAAAGAUGAGAAAAAAAUUGAGUUUAUACAUUUUUUAAAUUAUACUAGUAAUCAGCUUUGGCUAGAUUUAUAUAACCCUUGUCUUAAAUAUUUAAAAGAAAAAAAAAAUUCCUUUUUUUUUAUUAAUUUUAUGUAUCUCCAGCAUAAAUUAUGUAUAUCCCCUAUGUUUUAUUUUUUUUAUUAUAUUGAAUUAAUAAGAUAUGUGUACUGUUUGUUUAAGUGGAGGCUUAGGAAAAUGAGCAACACAAAUGGUGGUAACAACAUAAAUAAUGGUAACAACACAAAUGGUGGUAACAACACAAAUGGUGGUAACAACAUAAAUAAUGGUAACAACAUAAAUAAUGGUAACAACACAAAUGGUGGUAACAACAUAAAUAAUGGUAACAACACAAAUGGUGGUAACAACACAUGUAACAUUGAUCAUUCGUGUUGCUAUAAAGCCCAGCCUAAUAUUUCAGAAAGCAAAAACAUUUUCAUCCAUAUGGAUAAUAAACUUUUAAGUGAAAUUAUCAAAUAUAUAUACGAAUUGUAUACAUCCAAUAAAAAUAAUGAUCAUGUCAACAAUAUAAAAGAAUGUAUUAUAUAUUUGAUUUCUUCUAUACUCAUGUAUGCACAGAAGGAUGUAAAAAAUAUGUAUAUCUUUAUCGAUUACAUGUUUAUUUAUAAUCAUCAUAAAAAUAAAAACAAUAACAAUAACACCACACAAGGGCAAAAUAAUAAUUUGGAUAUGGAAACUUUUUAUUCGAAUAUUUUUAUUUUUUUUAUUUUUCCUCAUUUAAAAGAAUAUAUAGAUAACUUAGGAACACAUAUAUAUAAAUUACAUCUUAUAAAAAAUGAACAAGACAUACUUUUAUUCUUUAAAAAUAUAUUUAAUUAUAUAAAUUAUGAAGAAAAUGAUUCUAGUCUUUAUGAUGAUAAUAAAAUAAUUGACACUGGUGUAAUACAAAAUACUUGUCCUUCAAAAGAAAUGAAUAUAUCCAGCUUUGAUAAAAUAAACAAAUUUGAAGAUAUAAAAAAUAUGGAAGAGACUAACAUUCCUCUCUUUUUUAAAAAUUUUAAAAAUCAAAAUGUUCAAAAUGUUCAAAAUGAUCAAAAUGUUCAAAAUGAUCAAAAUGUUCAAAAUGAUCAAAAUGAUGAUAUACAUAAUGAUAAUGAUAAUAAUAAUAAUAAUAAUAAUAAUAAAGAGCAGGGAGAUAUAUGGUUUAUAUUUAAUAAAGAAGAAUUCAGCCAAAUUAUUUAUGAACAGUAUUAUCUAGAAUUAAAUGAAGCGAUAAAGAAAAAAUUAAAGAAUCUCAAAUGUUUAUAUAAAGUUCGAUCCAAGGAACACGAGGAAAACAAAAAUAUAAAUAUGAAUACAUAUAAAUAUAUAAACAAUCUUCAAAACCGGGUAGAUAGUAUCGUAGAAACUAAUAAUGCAUCUAAUAGUGAAGAGAAAAAAAAUAAAAAGAAAAAAAAUAAAAAAAAGAAAACAAAGAAAAUAAUUAAAGAUAAUGAUAAAGAUGAUGAUAAAUAUGAUGAUAAAUAUGAUGAUAAAGAUGAUGCUAAAGAUGACGAUAAUAAUAAUAAUUAUAACAAUAAUAAUAAUAUUAAAAAUUCAUCCAACGUAACACCUUAUGACAGUCAAAAGAAAAAAAAACAAAAAUCGAAAGAAUGUAAUGAAUCUAAAGAGUUGAAAGAGUGUAAAAGUAUAAAACACAAAUUUAUAAACUUUCAUUUUAUAAAAUUGUUUGAUAUAUUAAAUAUACAUACAUAUAUUAUAGAUGAUAAAAAUAUGUUAAAUAAUAUAUUAUCAAUGGAUUUAUCGAAGGAUAUAAAUAUACAAAUAGGUUUAUGUGUACAUAGAAUAAUAUAUUGUCUUCUUUAUAUUUUUAAUUUUAUAUCUCUUAGUCAUAUAAAUAUAUUAUAUAAUAAUUAUUCUUAUUUAAAAUAUUUCUUGUUUGAUGCUUAUAUCGAAUAUAAUUUAGAGUAUAUUUAUAAAUUAUAUUAUUUUAUAGUUAACUAUUUUUAUUUAUUACAAUAUAUGAACAAAAAUAAUUUUUCUAUAUAUAUACCGUUAUCUCCAACUUUUGAUUUUCUAAAAUAUUUUAAAGAAAUAAAUAAAUGUAAACAGAAUCAUUAUGAUAAUGGGAAGGAUACACAUAAGUUGAACAUGAUAGAACAUAUGAAGCAAGAAAAAAAGGAGGAAGGUGAACAGAUGAUAGGAACGACAUAUUUAUCUUCAAAUUGUCGACAUAAAUCGUUUUUUUUAUCACCAUCAUGUGAAUUGUGUGAAUUGUGUGAAUUGUGUGAAUCAUGUGAAUUGUGUGAAUCAUGUAAAUUGUGUGAAUCAUGUAAAUUGUGUGAAUCAUGUAAAUUGUGUACAUCGUGUUAUUAUAAUUUCUUCAAUUUUAAUGAAAGGAAAGAAGAAAUACAUAAGCACUUAUAUACAUCACAUACAUUCCUAGAAAGAGAAGAAACAAGAUACAUUUGCCUCAUAUCACCACAUAUAAAGAAUGAUAUGUUAAGUUAUAUGGACAUGAAAAAAAUCAAGCAGUGGUUAAAAUUACUAAACUUACUAAUUUUUUUAAACAUAAAAGAUGUGUAUAUAUUUGGAGAGUUGUUUUCCUUAUUUCUUAUCUUUUUUUAUGAUAGUAAUAUUAUAAGAGGCGAAAUUUGUGAGUCCAAAAAAAAAAACAAAAAUAAUAUAUAUGUAAAGUUCGAUACAAAUUAUAAUAUACAAACAGAAAAGAAAAAAAAAAAAAAAAACAAUUUACAUGAUAAUAAAAAAGGAAACAAAGGAAUUCGUUAUAAUAAUAUUGAUGAUAAUAAAAUAGAUAUGGACACAUCAAAACAUUUUACAAAAAAUAAUGACCAUAUUAAUAACAUGAAGAAUUAUAUAAACGUUCAAUUUUGUGACUUUUCAGCAUUUCCUGAAAAUGUAUUAUUGUUAUUAAAAUUUUCUUUGUUUAAUAUUUUUAAUUUAUAUGAAAAAUAUAAAAUAAAUAUACAUUUUCCAAAAGAUUUAAUUAUAAAAAUGAAAUCAACACAAUGUAAUGACUUUACAUUUAAUUCUUCUUUAUCUUCUUUUGUUUCUUUUCCUGAUGACAUUUUAUUAUAUUGUUUAUUACCACACAAAAAUUAUAAAAACAUGAUAUUAUUUUCUAAGAAAAACUUUCUUAAUAAAUAUACAAAUAAAUUAAAGAAAAUAAAUAUGGAUCACAUUAGUAAAGUAAAUGUUAUUCUUAAAACUAACAAAGCACAAAAUCCUGAACAUAAUCAAGAGGAUCAUCAAAACGAAAACAAAACAAUUUAUUAUACGGAUAAUAUAAUAAUAACGUCUCAAAAUAAUCAUAUGAAAAAUAGUAAUCACAUUAAAAAGGUGUCUAUUAUUAAUAUAGGAAAACUCACACUUUAUUAUAUUUUAAAAAAUAUAAAUCAAAAUAAUAAAAUCCUAUGGUUAUGUGGAUCUCUUGAAAAAAAUAUAAAAGAAAAUUAUAAAAAUAGUAUACAUAUAUUUCAAUAUAUUUAUAAUAUACAACGACGUAAAAAAAAUUUUGAUUCGACCUUAUAUUCUAACAUAAUACAUGUUAAUAAUUUUAUAAUCUUAAACAAACAAAUUUAUUGGUUAUAUUACAGUCAACUAAGUAAAAAUAUAUAUAUACCUUUUAUUUAUAAAACAUAUAAAAUCUUACUACAAAUUUUUGAUAGAAAAUUUUCAAAAAGGGACAUCUUAUCUUACAUAAUAUAA